AGCUGCCGGCUCUGCCAACCAGCUCCCAGCGCGAGCCGCCGCGGCCGCCGCAGCGCCCCGCCGCCAGGACCUGAUGCGCAUCCAUAUUAGCCGUCCGAGCACAGGAAUCCGGCCCGACCCGCGCCGCCGCUCCCGCCGCGGAGUUUAUUUUUAACCAGCACCGCCGGGACUCGGAUGGUGCGCGCACCGCGGGCCAGAAACAUCUUCCCAGCACUGCUCUCCAUCUUCCGCCCUCUCUCCGCCGACAUCCUCCCCCCCAUGUGGGAGGGGAAACUUUUCUCCUACAUACUUUCGAGUCCCUCCCGGACCGAGAAGCGCGGAGAUGACGGCGCCCUCCCGCCGCCGCAAGGUUGCUCCGACUCUGCUCCAGAGGUGGUGGCUUUGAGGUGUGACCCAGCCCACAUUUGGGCCCAGCCAGCGCCAGCUCCUCAGUAAGGAGGGCCAGCUUGAUAAGACGAAGAAAACAGUGUCAACGAGACUUACCAAGAGAAGAAAAAAAAAAGAAGUGAACACAGACUCAUUUCCUACUCCACGUGGAUGAUAGCUAUAGCAGGGGAAAAUCUCAUAGUAUAUCAAUUGGGGCAGAAAAUGGAGUUCUAUGGCAGAGGCUUCUUAGAAGCUUAAACCCUUGUCCCAAUGACGUCAAGUUCGCCCAUUGGCUUGGAAGGUUCAGACUUGUCUUCCAUCAACACCAUGAUGUCAGCGGUAAUGAGUGUAGGGAAGGUCGCCGAGAAUGGCGGGAGCCCCCAGAGCAUCAAGUCCCCCACGAAGCCUCCAGGACCAAAUCGGAUUGGCAGAAGGAACCAGGAAACGAAAGAGGAGAAGUCUUCCUAUAACUGUCCCCUGUGUGAAAAAAUUUGCACUACACAGCAUCAGUUAACUAUGCACAUUCGUCAGCAUAACACGGACACUGGAGGGGCAGAUCAUUCGUGCAGCAUCUGCGGGAAGUCGCUGAGCUCGGCCAGCUCCCUGGACCGCCACAUGCUGGUGCACUCUGGCGAGAGGCCUUACAAGUGCACUGUGUGUGGCCAGUCUUUUACCACCAAUGGGAACAUGCACAGACAUAUGAAGAUUCAUGAGAAGGACCCUAACAGUGCUACAGCUGCAGCCCCUCCAUCCCCACUGAAGCGCAGGCGGCUGUCCUCCAAAAGGAAACUGAGUCAUGAUGCUGAGUCAGAGAAGGAAGACCCAGCACCUGCUAAAAAGAUGGUGGAAGAUGGGCAGUCCGGUGACUUGGAGAAGAAGGCUGAUGAAGUCUUUCACUGUCCAGUAUGUUUCAAGGAGUUUGUUUGCAAGUAUGGACUGGAGACCCACAUGGAGACCCACUCAGAUAACCCACUAAGAUGUGAUAUUUGCUGCGUCACCUUUCGAACACAUCGAGGAUUGCUACGCCACAAUGCACUUGUCCACAAACAACUUCCCAGGGACGCAAUGGGAAGGCCUUUCAUACAGAACAACCCUUCUAUUCCUGCUGGCUUCCACGACUUAGGAUUCACUGACUUCUCCUGUAGGAAGUUUCCUCGGAUUUCUCAGGCCUGGUGUGAAACAAACCUGCGAAGGUGCAUCAGCGAGCAGCACCGUUUCGUCUGCGACACGUGUGACAAGGCGUUCCCCAUGCUCUCCUCGCUUGCCCUGCACAAGCAGACCCACCUCGCCACAGACCAGGGACGGGAAAGGCUGCAGGCCAAGACCCUGCCUGGUGACGCCCUGGACCAGAAGACCUUCCUGGCCUUGCUGGGGCUGCAGCACACCAAAGACAUCAGGCCUGGCCCUGCCGAGGAGCCCCUGCCAGAUGACAACCAAGCAAUACAGCUCCAGACGCUCAAGUGUCAGCUACCUCAGGACCCCGGCUGCACCAACAUGCUGAGCCUGUCUCCUUUUGAAGCUGCUUCUCUGGGCGGUUCUCUCACAGUCCUCCCCGCUACCAAGGAGAGCAUGAAGCAUCUGUCCCUGCAGCCCUUCCAGAAGGGCUUCAUCAUCCAGCCAGACAGUAGUAUUGUGGUCAAGCCCAUCUCCGGGGAGUCGGCCAUCGAGCUGGCAGACAUCCAGCAGAUUCUGAAGAUGGCAGCCUCGGCUCCCCCUCAAAUCAGUCUUCCACCCCUCUCCAAGGCCCCUGCCACCCCUCUGCAGGCGAUUUUCAAGCACAUGCCCCCUCUGAAGCCAAAGCCCCUGGUCGCCCCACGGACAGUGGUGGCCACCUCCACGCCCCCCCCUCUCAUCAAUGCCCAGCAGGCAUCCCCGGGCUGCAUCAGCCCCAGCCUCCCACCGCCGCCCCUGAAGCUCCUCAAAGGCUCCGUGGAGGCGGCCUCCAACGCCCACCUGCUGCAGUCCAAGUCCGGGGCCCAGCCGAACGCGGCGGCGCAGCUCUUCCUGCAGCAGCCGCGCCUAGAGCUGCCAGGCCAGGCCGAGAUGAAGACGCAGCUGGAGCAGGACAGCAUCAUCGAGGCCCUGCUGCCCCUGAGCAUGGAGGCCAAGAUCAAGCAGGAGAUAACGGAGGGGGACAUCAAAGCCAUCAUGACGAGCCCCAGCAGCAAGAAGACGCCGGCCAUGCGCAAGGUUCUCUACCCUUGUCGCUUCUGCAACCAGGUGUUCGCCUUCUCGGGGGUGCUGCGCGCGCACGUGCGCUCCCACCUGGGCAUCUCGCCGUACCAGUGCAACAUCUGCGACUACAUCGCCGCCGACAAGGCUGCGCUCAUCCGCCACCUGCGCACGCACAGCGGUGAGCGGCCCUACAUCUGCAAGAUCUGCCACUACCCCUUCACCGUCAAGGCCAACUGCGAGCGGCACUUGCGUAAGAAGCACCUCAAAGCCACCCGCAAGGACAUCGAGAAGAACAUCGAGUACGUGACCAGCAGCGCGGCCGAGGUGGUGGACGCCUUCUGCUCCCCCGACACGGUGUGCCGGCUGUGCGGCGACGAUUUGAAGCACUACCGCGCGCUGCGCAUCCACAUGCGCACGCACUGCGGCCGCGGCCUGGGCGGCUGCCCCAAGGGCCGCAAGCCCUUCGAGUGCAAGGAGUGCAGCGCCGCCUUCUCGGCCAAGCGCAACUGCAUCCACCACAUCCUCAAGCAGCACCUGCACGUGCCCGAGCAUGACAUCGAGAGCUACGUCCUAGCGGCCGAAGGCCUGGGCCCUGCGGAGGCACCUGCCGAGGCCUCGGGGAGGAUGGAGGACGGCAGUGGGGCCUUUGGCGAGCGCAAACCCCUCGCCACCUUCUUGGAGCCACAGAACGGCUUUCUGCACGGGGGCCCCACCCAGCCUCCGCCUCCACACGUCUCAGUCAAGUUGGAGCCCGCCAGCAACUUGGCGGUGGACUUCAACGAGCCCCUGGACUUCUCCCAGAAGGGCCUGGCCCUGGUCCAAGUGAAGCAGGAAAGCGCCUCCUCCUUCUUGAGCUCCUCUUCCUCGUCCCCCUAUGACUGCUCCAUGGAGCCCAUCGACCUGUCCAUCCCCAAAAACUUCAGGAGAGGAGACAAGGAGACAGCUGCUCCCGGCGAAGCCAAGAAGUCUGAGCAGGAACCAGGGAGUGGGGAGCAGCCCUCACCCUGUCCACCACUGUGCCCUACCCUGCCGGUGCCUGGGGGGUCCAGCGGCAUCCUGGAAAAACCCACCGUCCCUGCAGUGGGGACCUCGGCAGCCACCAUCCUGGAAGCCCACACUCAGCCCCUGCAGGGUUCUGUUCAGCUUGCUGUCCCCAUCUACUCCUCAGCCAUCGUCAACAGCUCCCCCAUCUUGGGCAACUCCACCCUCAUAAGCAGCCCAGCGUUGUUGCGGCCACUGCGCCCUAAGCCUCCUCUGCUCUUGCCAAAGCCCUCUGUGACCGAAGAGCUGCCCCCGCUGGCCUCCAUUGCCCAGAUCAUCUCAUCCGUGUCCUCUGCCCCCACCUUGCUGAAAGCCAAGGUGGCUGAUCCCGGUCCCGUCAGUGCUGGCAGUAACACCACAGUUUCAGACAGCUUAGGAGGCACUGUCCCUAAAGCCGCCACUGCCCCCACUGACACCACAAGCCCAAAAGAACCCAGCGACUCACCGCCUGCUGCCAACAGCCCAGAGGCGGCUUCGCCCACAGAGCAGGGGCCAGCUGGCUUGUCAAAGAAGAGGGGCCGGAAGAAGGGGAUGAGGAGCCGGCCGCGAGCCAGCAGCGGCAGCGUGGACCUGGACUCGAGUGGGGAGUUUGCCAGCAUAGAGAAGAUGUUGGCCACUACGGACACCAACAAGUUCAGUCCGUUUCUGCAGACCGCAGAGGAUGAUGCUCAGGAUGAGGUGGCUGGAGCUCCUGCUGACCACAACGGGCCCAGUGAUGAAGAGCAGGGUAGCCCCCCAGAAGACAAGCUGCUGAGGGCAAAGCGGAACUCCUACGCCAACUGCCUGCAGAAGAUCAACUGUCCCCACUGCCCCCGGGUCUUCCCUUGGGCCAGCUCCCUCCAGAGGCACAUGCUCACACACACUGGUCAGAAACCCUUCCCUUGUCAAAAAUGCGAUGCCUUCUUUUCUACCAAAUCUAACUGUGAACGCCACCAGUUACGCAAACACGGAGUUACCAACUGUUCCCUGAGAAGAAACGGGCUUAUCCCCCAGUCAAAAGAGAGUGAUGUUGGACCCCAUGAUAGCACAGACAGCCAGUCAGACGUGGAGACAUCAGCCGCAGGAGGUGAAGUUCUGGACCUCACCUCUCGGGAGAAAGAGCAGCCGACGUCGGAGGGAGCCUCUGAGCCCAGCCAGGUCGAAGAAGAGCUCCCCACAGAGGAGCUGAAGCCUGUAGACAGGGAGGAGAAGGGAGCCAAGGAGAGCCAGGAGCAGGAGGACAAGAGUGGGAUGGAGGAGAGGGACGAGGACACAGACGGCCCGGAGGAAGACACCGUCAGCAACAAGAGCCUAGACCUCAACCUUGCCAGCAAGCUGAUGGGCUUCAAGCUGGCCGAGGGCGACGCCGGCACCGUGGGCAGCGGAGGCUCCACCCAGCAGGACCUGAAGCACGCCUGCGACAUCUGCGGCAAGAGCUUCAAGUUCCUUGGGACCCUGAGCCGCCACAGAAAGGCUCACGGCCGCGAGGAGUCCAAGGAGGAGGAUGCGCUUCCUCGGGAGGGCCAGGGGGUGAGCGGAGCAGCCGAAGGGCCACUGCUCGUCCCUGCCACGCCCCCUGCCCCUGAGCCGGAGGAGAAGACUGCCAACCCCUUGGUGGAGCUCCCGGCCGAGGGAGAGGCCUCAUCGGAAGCCUCCGCAGAGAAGCAGAGCGAGGAGGCGGAGGGCACCUCCGACGGGGAGGGCACAGCCGAGAAGAAGUCCUCAGAGAAGAGUGACGAUGACAAGAAGCCAAAGACAGACUCCCCCAGAAGCGUGGCCAGCAAGGCCGACAAGAGGAAGAAGGUCUGCAGUGUGUGCAACAAGAGGUUCUGGUCCCUGCAGGACCUGACCCGGCACAUGAGGUCCCACACAGGAGAAAGGCCGUACAAAUGUCAGACCUGCGAGCGAACCUUCACCUUGAAGCACAGCCUGGUUCGCCAUCAGCGGGUCCACCAGAAAGCCAGGCAUGCCAAACACCACGGGAAGGACAGCGACAAGGACGAGCGGGGUGAGGAGGACAGUGAGAGCGAGUCCACCCACAGCGGCAACAACCCUGUCUCGGAGAACGAGGCAGACUCAGCUCUACCGGCCAGCAACCACGUGGCGAUCACCCGGAGCCGGAAGGAAAGCCUAGCCAAUGCCACCAAGGAUUCCAGCCACAGGGAAGAGAGGGCGGCGGGUCGGACGGCUGGUGCUGGCCAGGCUGAAGCCAGCAGGAGUGCUCCCAAGGCCGCUUCCCUGGGCAGCCCCAAGGAGCAGGCGUCUCAGGGUGAUGCUGACCGGGAGAGCCCGGCGGCCCUUGUGCAAGACCUGCUGGAGUUGCACAGCAAGAGGCCAGCCCACCCCAUCCUGGCCACAGCCGAUGGCGCCUCGCCGCUCCUGGGGAUGGAAUGACAGCUCGACCUGUCCUCCCCAGCACACAGACGAAAGCCAGCAGAGCAAAGUGUCCUGAAUCUAUAUUUCACGGGGUUUCCUCAGUGCUCUUCAGCUUCGGGGAGUGAGAGAGAUUGAGAGAGAGAGAGUGAAGAGAUGAGCCAGAGCAGGCCGUCUCACCCGGUGCCAUAGCCUUACACGUCCCCGUGCGGGAGACGCAGCACAUCCGACUCGAGUGCCUUAACUACUUACCAGUCCUUCGGGGUCAGCCUGGGUGUUGUGUUUUCCCAGCAUGACUUUUUAAAAAACAAAGCAAAUAUUUUAAUGAAUUACUUGGAGAUGACCUUUUCAUUUAAGCAUUAAUGUUACCUUCUGUACUGGUGUGUGUGAGCUCGUUCUUGCGAAUCUGUGAUAGUAACGUUUGUUCUGUGAGCUGGAAACAGAAGAAAAAAACAUGCCCUUGGAUCCCCAUAGCCAAUAACUGGAAGAAAAUGAUGUGAAUUUCAUGUAAAUUACCAGAGGAAACAUGGAUAAGAUGCUCAUUUCUCAAAUAGACCUUUUCUUUUGUUCUUUGCUACGUGGUGGAGCUGUAAUUCGGUCCUCCGUAUUGCAGGAUGUGGUUGAUGAAGGUUUUCAAUUUGGUUCAAGCCAAAACCAGGAAAGAGUCUAGCUUCAACCUCGUACAUGUUUCCACUCUUUCAGCGUUAGACACGCUAUUACUGUUCAAGUUUCAGAACAUCCGUUCUUAACUUACAGAGAA